AUGCACUACCGUUUCGUGUUCUGCCUGUGGGUUGGUGUUUUGCAAACCGUCCUGGCCAGCCUUGCUAACGGUGCUAACGUGUGGAUUUCAUUCGGUCCUGGUCGUGCGCAGACAACCCUUCAGUUUCAGUCCGCGUGUGCCUUGCAGAUUUUGUUACAUCCGACGGCAACAGUGUCGUGCAGAUUUGUGAGGGAGGCACAGCUCACAACUGUUCUUCAAAAUCUAUUGAAGCCCACCCUCAGCGCGCCCACGUAUUAUGUUCUCAAGAGCCACGACACUUUUACAGAGGUGCAGAAAGCAGUUCACCAGGCAGGAGCGGGAAACAUCACAAGUUUGUGGGUUGUGAAUAUCAGUGAGAACCUGAACUGGGCAGAGGAAGCGGAGAAGCUGCGUCAGGCGGACACAGUGCUAGACAUUGCGUAUGUUCAGACAACGGCAAGGGUAGGUUCUGUGGGCUAUCAGUUGGUGUGGGACUACCAGCCCUUAUUUCAGCUGACCUCCUUUCAGAUGCAGCAGCUCCUCGAGUACAUGCGCUAUUGGAGCAUUCUGCGGCAGUGCUGUGGCAUGCAACUUUCCGCUGAUUGGCGACACUAUCUUUGGAAUGAUACAGAUUGGAAGAACAGGUGGAGCGUCACAUCUCCAAAGUAUCCCGGAUGUGAGUCGCACAACAUUACAGAGGUGCAGCGUCGCAUCAUGCAAGCACAUCUUUGGAAGCCGAUGCUGGCUGCAGCAGAUGAUGGAGUUGCCAUCACACAAAUGGUGGUAAACAAGUCCAGUGGACAAUGGAUGAAUUGCGAGAAGUCUUACAACAUGAUGCGUGCACAUCAACUUGGCUUCAACGAACAAUUUCCACAGUCUGUGUUUGAACCGCUUACUGAGUGGAGCCUUCGGCCCCCCUUGGAAGCCCACCGCCGUCAGUUUUUGCUUCCUAUGCAAACCGAAAGGUUCUCGUCCAUGCGAAAUGGGCUUCCCCGCUAUUUCGUCCAAAUCGGAGCCUCUCGCGAUCUUCAGUCCGCUUUGCAGUACCACAGCGCUUGCCUCACACAGCUAGUCGUCAACUUCGGGAAGAACGUGAGAUGUUUUACUACUACGCUUGAGCAGCUGCUGAAGUUUCUUGAACAGGAGCCGGAUGACAACCACUAUUUUGCCAUUCGUUUGGAUGAUGCCUCCCUGGCUGAUGCAGCGUCUCUCCAGCGCUGGGAAGUUGGCCUCUGGUUGCAGUUUGACAACGAAGAUGUUGCAAACACCUCGAUUGACACUAAUGUCCACAACGUGAUGCAUGUGCAAACGGGGACCAGAUUGAAGAUGCUAGGCCACCACAUCUUGGAAGACUUUGCGCAGUUGUUUGGGCUUUCCCGCGAGAAUGUGGAUUCGUUUGUGAGCUACUUUCGCUGGUGGAUGGUGCUCUUUCAGUGUUGUGGCAUGGACAUGUCAGAGGCACUGGCACUAGCACUUACAUGUGUGAACCGUUUGGGACGGCCGUUUGAUAAGGGAAGGCAAGCAGGCGUUGGUUUUGGAGCACGUCCUUGCAGAACUCUUAGCCCACUAGACCUGCCCACAACGCAGGUUUGGUUUCGUGAUAUGCAACAAGGCGCAACUGGCAACAAGUUCGAGGCCACCUACCCGGCCUGCGACACCUACGUCUUGACGGAAGUGGAGAAACUAUUCUUGAAACAUCCUUGGUGGAGGUCAGCCAUAGACGCCUUUGACCCCUUCGACGCUUUGCAGCACAUGUUUGUGGACAAGUCUGUCGAGUCGUUGCUCAACUGUCAACGGUCAAACGCCUGGAUGCUGGCAAAUGGCGGGCCUGGAGUGUCUCUUCCCAAGAACCUGUAUGAACCGUUGCUUCAAUGGGUCCCAGAUUUCCAGGCCUUCUCCAAACCGACCAGCGACAUGUCUCCGCAUGCGCUCGAGGUCCCUGGACAUGCUUGGGCAGGGCUGCUGCAACUCAGCCUUUCAGUCAUCUUUGCUGCUCUUGGCGGCUUUGGUUGCGGGGCAUUCUUGUUUCGGCGGCAAGUGUCGCACGAUGCGAAGCUUCCAGUGACCUAUGGCCGAGCCUGUAUAGAGGCGCAGUCAGACGUCGAGGUAACGAUGGCUUGA